AGCAGCAGAGCUGAGAAAGGCACCAACCAGGCAAUAGGAGAGAGGAAGGCUGGGAUCCCCACGGGCCCAGGCAUGGCUCCAAGGUCAGGCAGCACAGCUGCUGGCCAAAGCUCCUGCAAAGUGUGGCAAAUCCGAUGAGGCAGGAGCUCAGCGCAGAGCAGCCCCUGUCAGCUGGGGAGGUGUGCAUGCACACAGUGCGGUGCUUCCAGCCUCCUGCAGCCACAGGUAAGGACAGGACUGCCCAGCUAGGGAAGAGCUGCCUGGAUGCCUGCUUCCAUUUUUUAGCUCUUACUUCCUUAUAGACGUGUUUUGCAUUUACUGGUUUCUAAUCACAGGACACCACAGCACCCAGAGCAAAUAACAGAAGCUCUCAGCACCGCUCCUGUUGCAUCACAGCCAGCACGUCAAGAACCGCCCCCAAGCCUUGGCUCCGGACUCAGAUCCCCCCUUCCUCCCAUUCACCACCCGCUGCUCUCUUCGAGUUCAAUGCUUUCCACACGAGGAGAGCGCAGACCAGAGCUGCUGUGCUGGGGACUGACCCCACGUUCCAUUCCAUCUCAGUCCUUCACUACGGUGUUCUCAUUUCUGCUUUCCUCCCUUAUUCUCUUUGUCUUAUGCCAGCCUGUCCCUACCCAUCCCGUCACCACCCACACCUACUCCCCGCUACAGCAGCAAUUAACCAGCUCCAUUUGGACCGGCCCAUCUCCCUUCUUUCUUUGGGACACUAAUUCCACCCCACUCUGCACCCUACAGCACAAACCCCGGCUCACAACUCCAGCACUCCCCCCCAGUUGGUGUUUUUAAGCCCCUCCUCAGCCCAGCGCGACCAGCAGCUGAUCACAGCACGGCGCCGGCAUCCGCCGCAGCUGCGGACAUUCCCCAUCCCGCUGCCUACGGGAACGCGCACAAAGCACCGACGCGUGGCCCCAAAUGGCAGCACCCCGCGCAGAGGACUGGCACGGCUCUGCCUUCCCCUGGCGUUCCGCCUGCAGUUGGGAGGGGAAAUAAAUCAGAGCGCGACCUCAGGCGCUACAGAGGCAGAACGGCUCCGGGCUCCGCUCCCGGGCUCCCUCUCCCGGCUGAAGGAGAUGCGGGCAGCGACAUUCGUGUUAUGGGGGUGACGGAUCGGGGAGCGCCCGAAGGAGGGCUGCGGAGCUGUGGAAGGGGCUGAGCGCCCCGGGGGUGCCCGGCGCAGAGCAGGGGAGGCGGAGGCGCGGAGGAGCGGCGGCUGCAGCUCCUCGCUGACAGCUCGGGGCACAGCGGCGCGGAGCCCUGCCGGGGGGUCAGGGGAAGGUUCUGCCCCGGAGGGCGGCGGGCGCGACCCCGAGCUAACGGAGCUCAGCACGCGGCUCCGACACGCGGCCCGGAGGACCGCACAGCGGCGGUGUUGCUGCCACGCGAUGUCAGGGGACAGCGACUGCACGAGGACGAGUCCAUCCGCCGGCUCUCCGUCGGACCCCGAGGCGCUGCCGGAUCGGCCGCAGUACGUUUGCUCGCUGUCUGCUGAUCUCGUUACCAAAGCCCGGGAGGAGCUCCAGGAGAAACCCGAAUGGCGGCUCCGAGACGUGCAGGCGCUCCGAGACAUGGUGUGCAAAGACUACCCCUCCCUGGGGACCUGCCUGGACGAUGCCUUUUUGCUCAGGUUCCUCCGAGCCAGGAAAUUCGAUUACGACCGAGCGCUCCAACUCCUGGUGAACUACCACAGCUGUCGGAGGAGCUGGCCUGAGGUCUUCAACAACUUGAAGCCUUCUGCAAUAAAGCCUGUCCUGGAGUCUGGUUUUGUCACUGUGCUGCCCCGCCUGGACCCGGAGGGACGCCACGUUGUCUGCAUCCGUCCAGACAGAUGGACACCCAGUCAUUAUCCGAUCACUGAGAACAUCCGUGCCAUAUACUUAACCUUAGAAAAACUCAUUCAGUCCGAAGAGACCCAGGUGAAUGGAAUUGUAAUCCUGGCAGACUACAAAGGAGUCAGCUUAUCUAAGGCGUCUCAUUUUGGUCCUUUUGUAGCCAAAAAAGUGAUUGGAAUUCUUCAGGAUGGAUUUCCCAUUCGAAUAAAAGCCGUUAACAUAAUAAAUGAACCUCGUAUAUUCAAAGGCAUUUUCGCCAUCAUCAAGCCUUUUCUGAAGGAAAAGAUAGCAAACCGGUUUUUUCUUCAUGGCUCUGACCUGAAUUCUCUUCAUCAAAACAUUCCUCCAGUGAUUCUCCCUGAAGAAUAUGGGGGUACUGCAGGGAAGCUGGACAUUUCAGCAUGGAAUGAGCUGCUGCUGGCCUCCGAAGAGGAUUUCCUGCAUGAUUUCUCACAGCUGGUUCUCCCGUGUGACAGCUCUCCCCAUGACAUGCCAGUGAGUGGGGAUGCUGAUGAAAAGCAAUGUGAUGAUUCCUUGCGAGGCAUGAAACCCCAGCUCUACUACUGCUACUAACAAACCGGUGAAGGGAAGCUUUAUAGCAGUGAAGACCUCUUCUGUUCUCAUAGGUGAUGUUGUGAACUCUGCCUUACUCCUAAACCUGCAGUUUAGGAACAGACUGCUGAGGCACUUUACACUGUAGAACCAAAGGAAGCUGAAGAGGGCACAGUGGGGGCAGGGCAGAGUUUGCAGAGGAUAAUGGAAAAGGGCACAUAGUUACCACGUUGUGUAGAAUACCUACAGCUAGGCAACGUCUGGGGAAGAUGCAAACUUGCCUAUUCCUUCUAAUUAUCAAAACAGAAAUGCAGGAUGGUAAGUUUGAUAGUUUCUUCUCCCCACCCCAGUUAAAAGCGAUGGUUUACUAGCUUUAUGGUUGUCCGUUCCCUUCUCCUUCUGAAAACACCCAUAAUCCAAGAAAAACAACUGUCAGUUGCUUCUGAACCCUGUGAAAUGUAGUUCUGUCAGUGGAGACUGCUUAAAACCAUAAGCGUUUAACUUGGCCUGUCCCCUAUCACUGGGUUCAGAUUGUGAGUUGGCAUUUCUGGAAUAUCUGAAUGAAUAUUUGGCUCAAAUUAACACAGAAAGCUUUCUUAUCUAUGAAUAGCAGCAUGGAAAUUCUCUGAACCUUUCUCACAGAAAGAAGUUAACUAUUAAAACAGCAAUAUCAAGGCUUAAUAUAAACAGAAGCAAUCUUCAUUUUCAGAGAACAGUGAAUUUCUCACAUCAGGUCAUGAGACUUGAUUAGAUACAACUUCAGAUACUGAGGUUUGGGAACCAAAUGAGAAAAACUCACCCACUUUUCCACAUUAUCAGUUGUUCUUUUCGUCAGCUGGUUGCAAUGAGGAAGUUGGUAAGUAAUACAUAUGCAGAAUUGGUAAGGCAGCUUCAUAGCAGCUGGCACGAUGUAUAGAAGGCAAUACUUCAUGUAGGAAAGCAAGGUGCUUCUUAAGCUUGCUAUGUUGGACAGAGUUUGAAUUUAAGUCUUUGUGAAACCAAAUGCAGACAGGCUAUUUGAAAGCACAUUCUUAAAUUUUCUGGUAUUGUAGCUUUUUUUUUUUUUACUGUGCUUAUCUGCACUUCUGUGGAAUGUUACAACUCUGGUUUCUGCUUUGUUGAUCUCUUUUGUCUUUGGUUGUCAUGUUCUUGUAUGAAGAUAGACUUGAGUCUCAUAUCCGUAAUAGUUACCCCUAACUUGUAUGCCUGUGCUUAGAGGUCUUUGUCUAGAAACAGAACUAAGACUCCAAUGUCACAUCAGGGUAGGGUAUUGUAUGCUUACAUCACCUGUUCCCACUCCCUAAGUUCCAUCUGUUUAAAUGGUCUAGAAUUAGAGCUUCACUGUCAGCACACUCUUUGCACAUGUUCUUCUGCACUGUAGUAGUGUAGAGAUGGGUAACCUCACUAGAAACAAGAAAGCACACCCAAUUAUUUCAAGGUGAAAUAUUUCACUGCUUGGUGAAAAAGAACAUCCCUUCUACCAGGAGACUUAUCUCUAGAGCGCUUCCUCUGGCUGAAAUCCUUACUUAGUGCCAAGCGUGACCUAAGCACCAACUAUGGUUCUGUAAAUGCAAGGAAAAAAACAAACUAACUAGUAUCUUGAGAAUUUCAGACAUUCGUUUUUCAAAGUGCCAAAUUCUGUCUUGAAUGUCUUUUUCCCUCUCAGACCCCCCUACAGCAUGACUACACUGCCAGAAACCUCCUCUGCCACCGCAGUAACGGCUUGCUGACCUGGCAGCAGAUGUCAUCCAAGAUCUUGGGGGUGCCAAAUGCCAGACCUCUCAUCUAAGCACUAUAAAAGCAGGCCAGGUUUUGAGAAGGGGUGAGCCGUGAGGCUUAUUCCUGAGUGGCAGUCCAGAAUGUCAGUGUGAGUACGGAACUCAUCACUUGACCUGCUUUAGAACAAAGAGAUAAAGAAAUUAAUUUCCCUCAUUUAUAGCAUUUUUUUCUCUACCUUUAUAAGUCUUACUCCUCUUUGACAGUUGUCACCUUAAGCAUAGGCUUAAAAAAAAAAAACUUCCUGCUACAUAAAAUAACGUUAAAAAACUAGUACUGCUAGGCACUUUCUCUUCAUUUUUCACCAAAACGAGGUGCAUUUUUUGCAGAGAAUUGAUUUCUUUGUGCCAUGUAGCAAGACAUUAGUAUCCAGGCCAUGACUUAAAAAGUUAAGUAGCUGCCCACACUGUUUACCUGACAGAACGUAGAGGCUGGUCUGGUCUUUAUAGCCUUUGAGUGCCUCUUAAUUCCAGCCACAAUAUACAACCUUUAAAAAAAAAAGUGCUCUGACAGCUCUGUUAGAACAGCUAUUUUGAUGCACUAAUUUAAAUACUAGAGAAGGAAGCCGAAUAUUCAGAAUUCAUUGUGAUGUCCAUAACAUAAAAAAAGGAGCAGUCAGCAGAAGGCUGCACCUGAGGAACUUUAAAGGAACCAAUCCCUUAUUCUCUUGUAUGGUAAGUAAACCAAAUCCAUCUUACCUUCCCCUUUUCUCCUGUGCUUAUAGAGAAACUAAAUCAUUUUCUUUAAUCUUUAACAUAAUAGGAAGUGAUACGUUAUCCAAGCUGAAAACAGCUUGUGUUACACCUCCAAAACUUCUUAAAGCUGCAUCAUUGAUGUCAAGAUACAUCACUUAAGCCACACCUAUCUGUACCAAGCCUUUAAAUAUUACUUCUGGAUUUGUUCUUCUAUGGCUUUAGAACUUACUUAAGCUGUAUCUCUAACCCCUUCUAGGUUUGAAGCCAGCGCUCAGGGAGCACAGCUGUUUUAUGUGCACCUGACUGCAAACAAAGCUAAGAGCAUUCUUUGAGCCUUAGCACUUGCUAGCAAGGAAAACUGUUCUCAAAAUUAAUCACGUCAGAUUUGCUGUAACUGUAUAGUCUCCUUAGCUGCAGGUUAAGAGAAGAGGUAGGAAAAACUAUUCAACUUAGUGGAUUUGGUUUCUCUUCCCCCUGUCCACCUCUUCACAGCACUAAAACCGAUCAGAUAUUUUAUUCUACUUGACAGAACUUUGUUUUCAGAGGUUGUAUGCCUCUGGAAAGCCAUCCCUGCCAAAUCCACCACGUGACAAGGAAUUGUACUCAAACUGCAUGGGGUAGCCAUGGCUUUCAGCAUAAUGUGGGACAAGAGUUAGCUGCAUACUGUACAUACAGAUACUUGAAUUUAUACUCUUGCAAUGGGUAUUAUAAACCCUGAGGUAUUUUCAGGGUCUGGGUUGAUGUUUUGGUUGUUUUCGUUAAAUCUCAUUUCAGCAUGAAUUAAUCACGGUGUUCUUCAAACUAAUAAUUUUGCCUUUUGUUGUAUGUGGGCCUAGAAGUGUUGGGUGGUUAAGAGUACAUGUUAUUUUGACAAAAUCUUAUUUUUAUAUUGCAUUUUAUAAAAUGGAGUGGUCAAAAUAUGUAAUUUUAUGAUGCAUGACUGGGUGAUUAAAUACAUUACUGUAACAGCU